UUUACCCCCGUUUCUUUUUUCUCCAUUCAGCCCGCUGACACACAAACAUACAUUACAAACACAUUCACAUACUCACACACACACACACACACGCACACACACACACACACACGCACACACACACACACACUGACCUCUCCGACUUUAAACCUGAAUUUUAUUUCCUCCUGGAGCGUUUUGACUCAUUUCUCCAGCCAAGACUCUCCGUUUCCUUUGGAUUUUACGCACUUGUUUACCUGCCGUGGACCUCCAGAGCUCCGAGCCCUGGACGCUCCGCGCCAACCCGCCAUGGCACGUCUCUUACUAUCGUGUCUCCUGCUGUUUGUCUCAGUGCAGACGGCCCUCUCCUCCGGGGUCUUCGAGCUGAAGAUCGACUCCUUCACCUCCUCCCGCGGUGUGUGCCGCUACCAGUCCCGGGACUGCCAGAUAUUUUUCCGCGUGUGCCUCAAGCACUCACAGGACGUCAUCAACCCUGAGCCGCCGUGCACGUACGGUACCGCGCUCACGGAGAUCUUCGGCGCCGACUCCAACUCCAUCUCCGAGAGCGCGCCCAUAAGGGUGCCUUUUCACUUCAAGUGGCCGGGGACCUUCUCUCUGAUCAUUGAGGCCUGGAACGCGGAGCCUGCAGGACGCGAGUCUACAGAGAACCAGAACAACCUCAUCAGCCGGCUGGCAACGCGGCGCAGGCUGACGGUGGGCGAGGAGUGGUCGCAGGACGUGCACUUUGGCAACCAGAGCGAGCUGCGCUACUCCUACCACGUGGUGUGCAAUGAGUUCUACCAUGGCGAGGCGUGCUCUGCCUACUGCCGGCCCCGCAACGACACCUUUGGACAUUACACCUGCGACAAUGACGGGAACCGCCGCUGCCUGGAGGGCUGGAGCGGCGAGUACUGCUCUAAACCCAUCUGUGCAGCGGGGUGCAGCGAGGAGCAUGGCUUCUGCGAGUCUCCCGGGGAGUGUGUGUGCCGGCAGGGCUGGCAGGGCGAGCUCUGCGACGAGUGCGCCCGGCACCCCGGCUGCCUGCACGGGACCUGCCAGCAGCCCUGGCAGUGCAACUGCAAGGAGGGCUGGGGAGGCCUGUACUGUGACCAAGACCUGAACUACUGCACCAACCACAAGCCGUGUCAGAAUGGAGCCUCCUGCACCAACACCGGGCAGGGCAGCUACACCUGCACCUGCCGGCCUGGCUUCACCGGCAAGAACUGUGAGAUCGAGACCAACGAGUGCGACAGCAACCCGUGCAAGAACGGCGGCAGCUGCAAAGAUCUGGAGAACAAUUAUUCGUGUGAGUGUCCUCAGGGUUUCUACGGGAAGAACUGCGAGAUCAGCGCCAUGAAGUGUGCAGACGAGCCGUGUUUUAAUAAAGGGACCUGCGUGGAGAAUGUCGGUGGUGGGUACAGCUGCCUCUGCCCACCCAGCUUCACCGGCUCCAACUGUGAGAAGAGGAUCGACAGGUGCAGCAGCAACCCCUGCAGCAACGGUGCUCAGUGUCUGGACCUCGGUAACCGGGUCAUGUGCCACUGUCGGCCCGGCUUCACCGGCUCUCGCUGUGAGACCAACAUCGAUGACUGCGCCGGCAACCCCUGCCGCAACGCCGGCACCUGCAUCGACGGCAUCAACGACUUCACCUGCACAUGCACGCUGGGCUUCAGCAGCAAGGACUGUUCGGUGCGCACCAGCCCCUGCAACCAGUUCCCCUGCGACAACGGUGGCACGUGUUUCACCCACUUCACUGGGCCCGUGUGCCAGUGUCCCCCGGGCUUCAUGGGCGCACGCUGCGAGUACUCCAUCAUCAAGCCGUCUACAAAGCCGCCUGGGAAUCCAGACGCGUCUCCCGCCCUGAUCGCCGCGGUCACCCUCGGCCUGGUGACCCUGUGUCUGCUGAUCCUUGCCGCUAUCCACAUCCUGCGUCAGCUCCGACGCGGCCGCCAGCUCGCCAUUAGUACGUCGGUGAAGAACGACCUGGAGACGGUGAACAACCGCAAUGCAGUGAUCGGUGGGGGCGGACCCUAUAACGGUGGCUUACCGGGAGCGCCGCUGGGCAGCCUGAGGGAGAAGGAGGCCUUCCUCAUCCCGGGAGGACAACUCAAAGUGUCCAACAAGGACGCUGCGCUGGUGGAGAACGGCGGCGACAGCAUGGGCAUUUUUAAAAACAGAAUGGCCGACUGUAACCUGGCGAAAGAUGAGCAGCACCUGGCCAAGAACAAGUUUGACCUUAAGAAGUGCGACUCGUCCAUCAUCGUCCCUCCUCUCAGUUUUGCGAAGGACGGUCUGUACCACCCGGUGUUCAUCAUCCCGGAGCAAAUGGAGCAGUGUGUGUUCGCCACUGAGGUAUAACCUCCAGUUCUCAGACCGUCAGCGAGGAAUUUUUAUGCUGAAGGCCUGAAACUCUUCCUGUCGGGGACCCAGAGGAUCUAUUCUACACACAUUAUCUUAUUUAAUAUUUAUUACUGCUGCUCAACGGAAAGAAACAAAAAGAAAAUUACUUGGUUUUUUUUUUAAUUCUUUUUUGCUUCGAUAUUGACAAUGAUUCUGAAAAGAAAGAAGAAGAGUGGAGGAAAGAAAAGAGGAAAGAGUGAAUGUCCGGCAUCAUUUGCACUAUUUAUCUUUUUUUAUACUUUUUAAAUCUUAAUAUAAUAUUUCUGUCUGUAUAUCUGAGUUUUUCUUUGGAUCAAACGUGAAUGAGAGGACGUAACGAAAUGGCACCGUCCACCAAUCGGAGAGCCCGGCCGGUGCCUUAGCUCUUCCCUGGACAAUCUCACAAUGUGUCAAUCGAACGUCAGAGGACCUGCGACUGGAACGAUUCAGUUUUAAGGUCAAACUACAUGAACUUUCUUCUUUCUGAACCGGACAGUUUGUGACUCCGUCCUUUAGAUUUUUUUUGUCCUUUUUUUGGAAGUGAAGCUUCACGUCGUGGCCUGUUAGAAGAACAAUCACACACACAAUCCUGCCAACUCUGAAGUGCCUCUUCUUUAAUUAACUGACAUUAAUCCAGGACUCAGAAUGAGCAGAAUGGAUUUUAUGUUCAAGUCCUGUUUUUACAAGCUCAGAAAACCCAUUCAAGUCCACUGGAGCUCUGCUGCUGUUUUAAACCAUUCGUCCCAGUCCCCGAGUCUAAUCUUGUGUUGUUUUGGGUGAAUCAGGGAGAGUUUGUAUGACGAUCAACAACCAGCUGUUUGUCACCUCAUCAAGCCUGAUUUCCACCGGGCGCGUUACUGCAGCGUCACGUCAGCGUCGCGUAUGACGUUGCAAAUAGGUAACACUCUAAUCAAUGAGAGCAUUUCCACCGGGCGCGUAGCGUAACGUUACUGCAGCGUCGCGUCAGCGUCUCUACGCGAGCAUUAGGUAGGACUUCUAUUUCUCCGCGAGACGCUGCCAAAUCGCGUGAAUCUCAACAGAGCAGAUCGCACCAGACAGGAAGUCCGACUCAGAAUCAGCGUAAAACACUUCCGCCCCUUUCAAAAUAAAACACAAUACGCAGUUCAUGCAGCCUAAAACUACUUCACAUCAACAUUAUGUUAUGACCGGGGCACCAGAUCAGCAAUCAAUCAAUCAAAGGGUCUCAGAGGAUCGGCGACACGGACGACAAGAGACUGAUUGUUGAAGUGGAACAUCAUAAAAUAAUUUAUGACAUAACAUAUUGUUUUUAUAAGGAUAGCUGGUCACAUCAACAUAUCUUUCACCUAAGAGAAGCAAAGUAAGUUGGUUUUUGUUGUUGUUGUUUAUUUUAUACACACAGUUUAUCCAUAGACUGUAUAAAUAGAGUUUAAAGUUUAUCACGGGAUCUUGCGGUCUCCCGUAUGGUCAGGAUUAUCGCGUGAUCUCGUUAUCUCGCGUGUAUACGGCCAGCUCGCUAAGCUGACGUGCUGCUGCUGUAACGCACCCGGUGUGAAUUGACAGACGCAGCAAAAACGCUGUGGAGACGUGCUGCUGCUGUAACGCGUCCGGUGGAAAUCCCCAGUCACUUGAGAAUACCUGUGACAGGUUUAACAGGCUGGAUGAAGGUUCAGCCGAACUGGAUUCAUCAAACAAAUCAGAUUUUUAUCCGUUUGUCUUCCUGUGAAACAUUCUUCCACCGUUGUACUGAUGUUGUCUUCAAAGUGUAUUUUUCUAUGAAUGAAACAACAACAGGAGACCUUGCUGCCUUCUCUCUCUCUGCUGCCUUUAUCCACCAACACUGUCACAGUGAGUCAACAACAAUAACAACAACCUGCUGCAGCAUCCUAAACAGCCAGAGCAGAAAUAACUACAGUGAAGGACUCCAAAGAGAGUUUUUUUUAAAUAAUGUCUUCUUCUUUUUUUUUACUUUUCCAUUUGAUACCAAAAAUGCGUGUUGUUACUGUGUAGUCGUGUCUUCGUCAUGCUAUCUUCGUUAAUUUAAGAAAGAAUGCAAUGUGUACAUAUCCUCCAGAAGAUAGCUGUCCUAUUUAAUUUUUUGCCUUUUGUAAAAAAAUGUGUAUUUAUGAAAGAGAAUUGUAUAUAUGUCUAUGUCCAUGUGCCUAUUGUCCCAGUCAGAAUCAAGAAAU